UUCGGUACCCUAAUCAGUUUUUUUAUUUUUUUUCUUUUUAUCGUCGGAAAUGGGAUUAUGGGAAGUUUUUUCAAUUGGCUUCGAAGUUUCUUUUUCAAGCAAGAAAUGGAGUUAUCUUUAAUAGGUCUCCAGAAUGCCGGAAAAACAUCCCUUGUUAAUGUCAUUGCUACUGGUGGAUAUAGUGAAGAUAUGAUACCGACGGUUGGGUUUAACAUGAGGAAGGUAACUAAAGGAAAUGUCACAAUAAAGUUAUGGGAUCUCGGGGGUCAACCAAGGUUCCGGAGUAUGUGGGAGAGAUACUGCCGUGCUGUUUCGGCUAUCGUCUAUAUUAGCCGGAUAGAAAAUACAUGAUGUUAAGUAAAUCCUCAAUGAAUGGUAUUCCCCUGCUGGUACUCGGAAACAAGAUCGACAAACCAGAAGCCUUGUCCAAGGAAAAUUUGACAGAGCAAAUGCAAGUAAAAGAAUUACACGUUAAAAUCUUCAUUUUAGCCCCCGACAUAACCAAACCAACGGUCAUUAAUUUGUUGAAAACUUGUCCUUGAUGUUGUGCAGGGGCUGAAGUCUAUUACGGACAGAGAAGUUUGUUGCUAUAUGAUUUCAUGCAAGAACUCGACCAACAUCGAUACGGUGAUUGAUUGGCUUGCGAGGCAUUCAAAAUCAAAGAAUUGAACCCUCAAAACUUAACUUUGCUGUCUUUCUAACAAGGUUUGUCCGUGGCUGGGACCAUGUCUUAAUUUUCCAACUUGGCUUGAAUCACUUGUAUUUAUAUAUAGUUUGGUGGGUGAGUGGGGCAUAAAUUUGUUUGAUCUUGUUCGUGUACAGAAUAUUGAGUUGUAAACAACUGAACAUGGGUAAAUCGUUUCGUCGUUUGAAUCGAAUAAAAGCCUUUUGGAUGAUUUUUUUU